UCUGUCUCUCGGCUGUCUCUUACCGUUUCUUCUUUUCUUCUUUUUCCCCUUGAAGUUGGCAAAUUUCUCAGAGAAACUUUCUUUUCAGUUCGUACCAUUCGUCGCUACUUUACUCAUUCUUUAGGGUUUCGAAUUUUCUUUUUUUGGUGAAAAGAGUCCUCAGUGUUUUGUUUCUUGCUCAAGUUCUGAUUGCGAUUUAGGAACAAAGACAGUUGCUUUAGCUCUGUUAUUCACGACUAGUCAGUGUGUCAAGUUCCUAAAGUUGGUAGCUUGUGUUUGUAGAAUCUGAGAUGGGCGAGCCGCUUGGACUGCUCCAGGUGACUGUUAUUCAAGGGAAGAAAUUGGUGAUCCGAGAUUUCAAAUCAAGUGAUCCUUAUGUGAUAGUCAAAUUAGGGAAUGAGUCAGCCAAGACCAAAGUGAUCAACAAUUGCCUGAAUCCAGUGUGGGAUGAGGCACUGAGCUUCACACUGAAAGAUCCUGCAGCAGUUCUGGUAUUGGAAGUGUUUGAUAAAGAUAGGUUCAAGGCAGAUGACAAGAUGGGUCAUGCCUCCCUCAGCCUUCAACCGCUUAUCUCAGUUGCCAGACUAAGACACGUAGUCCGCGUGUCCUCUGGUGAGACAACGCUUAGGAAAGUGUUACCGGAUCCAGAGAACUGCGUAUCCCGGGAGAGCACAAUCAGUUGCGUAGACGGAGAGGUGGUGCAGAGUGUGUGGCUGAGGCUGUGUGCUGUUGAAUCGGGUGAGAUUGAGUUGAAGAUAAAGUUGAUUGAUCCUCCUGGAACAAAGAAGUAGCAAUAGGGUAUUAUGUAGCUUGUACUUUGUAACACGAGAUCCGUUUGCCUAGUAUAAUUGCAAUAUGUCUUUGUUUCCAAGUGAAAUGUGAAACGGCUUUAAAAACCUUACUUCGAGAUACAUUAUUGUACUAUUCCUUUCUCUUC